AGCGCUUGAGAACCAACUAGGACGAGAAAUUGAGAUGCCGUUAUAAAGAUUCCAUCUCAAUGAUACAACUGACUUGUCGACUGACAUAAACAAUAACACAAGACAUCUUGACCGGUAGUUGUUGGAGCUACUAGCACAAUACAUUAAAAUUUUGUGUGUGAAGGUGUAGGCUAGCCGUUAUUUAGAAAUGCCUGAACCAUUUUCCGAUCAUUUAGAGGCACAAGCAUGCAUAAUCCUUCAUCCUGGAUCACGUUACUUACGAAUCGGACGGCCGUCAGACUCUGUUCCUCACACAGUUCUCCAUGCCAUUGGCAGAAAGAGGCGGAGUGGAGUGCCAGUAUAUAAUGACCCAUUCCUUGUUCCGCAAAUUAAGCUUGAUCGUGAUGCUAUGCGGGAGUUAGAGGAAUGUCGUUUAAAAAUAAGUCACAUUCUCCAGUCAUCUUUGAUGUCUGAUGGAUCACGCCGAUUUGCUACACCUCCACAACAGAUAGCAGCAUACAAUAAGAGAAUUCAGCCUACUCAGGAUGAAGAAGCAGAACCAUCUCCACCGUGGGUACAAUGUGACAAAGAUUACGUGGUUGGUGACGAGAUUCUGUCUCUUCAUCCUGAUUUAGAGUACAACGUUCAUUUUCCUUUUGUGAGAGGUGACCUCAACAUUCACAGUGGCUUAGGAGGCUCUAUUACUGCUGUUUUAGCAGAUUUAGAAACCAUAUGGGGUCACUGCAUAUCGUCUGUCCUCAAUGUCCCCAUCAAAGAUUUAAAGUUUUAUCGAGCAGUAUUAAUUAUUCCUGAUAUCUACAACCGCGACCAUGUUAAGAAGCUUAUGAAUUUAUUGCUGAAUGGUUUAGGCUUUUCCAGCUGCUUUGUCCUUCAGAAUGUGUGCGGUGCUCAGGAAAAUACUUUUACUGUUCAUACUCCAGGGGAAAUCCCAGUGUCUUAUACUAUUCAGAUGGGGGAUGAACUGAUUGUAGCUGCUCUAAGCCUUUUUUAUCCAGAUUUGCUGAAGAUAACAGGAAUAAAAGUGACUCUUACCCAAAAACCAAACCCAGGUGAUCCUGAUGACCCAUUUGAUGAAAACUACCUUCGGGAGACAAGUCGGAGAGGGGGCAGAGAAGCAGCAGAAGCCUUGGAAGCAGGGGGUGGGGAUGGGGGUGAUGGAGGAGAGGAAGAUAUUGUUGUAGAUGAUCAGCCAAUGGUCCCUCAAUCUACGCGCACUGACUCUCUCGCUUUUAAUUCUGUAGAAAAACUCUUUUCAUUGGAACAAGCAAUUCUGGCUAGCAUAGACAGAUGUCCAACUGAUGAAAUGAAGCGUAAAAUGUACAGUAGCAUCCUUAUAGUUGGUGGUGGAGCCAAAUUCAAAAGCUUAGGAAAAUGGCUACAGAACAGACUUGCCCUUCAGAUUCCUGUUGCAUACAGGCCAGAGCAAAUUGAGAUUAUCACUCGAGCAAAGGAUAUGGAUCCAAGUAUGACAGCAUGGAAAGGAGCAGCUCUUAUGACUUGCUUAGAAGGCAGUAGCGAAUUAUGGAUACAGCAAGCUGAAUGGAACAAGUAUGGGGUUAAAGUUUUGAGAGAAAAGUGUCCUUUUAUAUGGUAAUGCUACACUUUUGAAGUUAACUUUGAAUUUAUAUUAUUUCUAUUCUUGUAUUUCAUAUUUUCUAAGAAUUAUUUAAUUUUAGUGAGUAACACGUACAGUAUCUUGAAAUUUGUUAUUUACAACCUUUGAAAGGUGGUUCAUGUUACUUUAAUUAAAAAUAACUAAAUGUAGAGUGAUCUUGUCAAGUACGUAGUAUUCUCAUAAUGAAAAUAUAAUUUGGGUGAGAUACUCUGGGGCUAUUUGACCAUUUAGUUACUAAGAAGUAACAUGAAGUGCAAGAAUUUUUUUCUGAAGUUUCUGAUGGCUGUGGUACUAUUUUCAAAAAGAUAACAUUCAUAGCAUUUAUGUAUAGAAUUUAUUUUUGGGAUCUGAUUUCGUUGAAAAUAUGGUACAGUUCUGUUCACCGACUGAUUCAUGUGAAGGGUAUAAAUAUCUGGUAACCAGACUUAAUGUAUUAAAUAGGUUUUUAAGUCUAGAUAUACUGUACUGUAAUUUAUCUUUGUUUAACAAAAUAAAAAUUUUUGUUA